AUGAGCGUGCCCACGCUGCGCCACGACGACAGCUUGAGCUCCGAUGACAACCCCGAGAACCACACCCCCGUGACACCCGCAUCCGCCUCCGACGCGACCCCGAUCCACCGACGCACAUCCAGCGGCGCGACGGUCGGCUCCCUCUUCCGACGUCUCUCCGCCCUCUCUGCGCGUAUCUCGCUGACCGCCCCUCGACACCCGCGGGGUCUCGUGUGGGCGGAGACGCGCGUGCUCCCCGAGAAGUGCAUCGCGCUCGAGAUCCAGGCGCGCAAGGACCUCGUCGCGCUGUCCCUGGACGAUGACGACGCAAACCCCGACUCGCCCGCCUCGUUCGCGGCGGUGGUCAAGCGCAGCGACAAGGCGCUCGCGAGUUUCUUCGUCCUCGGCGUUCGCGCGACGAGCCCGGGGGGAAUCGUCAGAGAGCUGAUCUCGCGCGCCGCCAGGCACGGGCUCGUCCCAUCGUCUCACCGCUUCCGCGAGCAGUGCGUCGAGGCGAUGCUCCGGGAAGACGCCGACGACGAGGAGCUGGAGAAGACCGGCAACAGCUCCUGGAACUCCUCCGCGGCUCUCGACCACAGCUUCGUCUCCUCCGCGUCCACGUCCGCGCGGCUCGCCCCGCGCGGCGACAUGGGAACCGCAUCGCCUUGGAACCGCGCCAUCAACGGGCGCGGCUUCAUCGUCGCGGUCGCCAAGGUCCCCGGGCUCACCCGCCGCGUCGUCAUCGUCGGUCGGCUCAAAACCCCAAGCCUGCUCGGCAUCGACAGCUGCGCGAGGGUCAGGGUCGUGGCGCUCGCGCUCUCCGGGGCGGAUUCGGGUUCCGAGCCCCCCGCCAAGACGGGCGCGGCCACCGCACACACCGUCGCCACCUUGCUCAACGACGACGCCUUCUUCUCCGCCGCUCUGCGCGCGAAAGACGCGCGCGACGUGCGAGCCGCUGUACUGACCUUCGUCGAGCGAAAGUCCGGCUCUGGCGGGACAAAUGCUGCAGCCGGCGAGGUGGACUCCAUCCACAGGACGCCCCCGCCCCUCCACCCGACGCGUGCCAAGUCCCGGUCGUUAACGCCUUGGUCGUCGUUCGAAUGGCCGUUCGCAUCCGUCGCGAGGGACGCGAGGUACCGGCUGCCCCACUACGUCAGCGAUUGGACCGACGCGUUCAGGGACGGGUACUCGUUCUCGAAGACGAUCAACGCGACGGUAUGGCUCUACUUCUCCACCCUCGCUCCCGCGCUGGCCCUCGGUGUGGUGCUCUGGGAAGAGACGAGGGGCGCGAUCGGUCCCACCGAGGUUUUGCUCGCGGAGGGCGUCGGUAACAUGGCGUUCUCGCUCGUCGCGGGGUCCCCGCUGCUGGUGCUCCGCGUCACGGGAACGGCGGUGGCGUGGAUGAAGAUUCUCUCGGGUUGGUUCCACGGCGGCGGCGGCGUCUUCGCGGGUGAGGAUUUCCUCGCGUUCCACGCCGCCGUCGGCCUUUGGUGCGCCGGUUUCGUCGUCUUCAUCGCGUCCGUCGGCGGCGCGGGGCUGAUGCGGCACGCGGGGAGUUUCACGCACGAAAUCCUCGCCGCUCUCGUCUCGGGAAUUUUCAUCCGGAGCGGCGUCGCCGAGGUGGUCGCCAUCGCCGCCGUCGCCGACGAGAUGGACGACGCGGAGGUUGACGAGCACCCCGCGUUCUUCCUCAAGCACCUGAUGCUCUUCCUCGGAACCUUCUACGUCGCCCGCGCCGUGCUGGGUUUCCAGAGGUCCCCGUUCCUGGGCAAGAACACCAGGACCGUCAUCGCGGAUAUGGCCCCGGCGAUUUCCCUCGUCUCCCUCACCCUGCUCUCCUACGCCGUCGCCCCCGACGUCGGGGUCAAACGCGCGAACAUCACGGACGAUACCCCGAUGCCCCGCGCGCAGCUGGGAACCUCAUCGCUGGGAAACCUCUCGCGCAGCCUCGCGGCGCUCGCGGCGGUCCCCGGCGCGGCGUUUGCCGCGCAGGUGUUCGUAGAGUCAAACGCCGCGUCCAUCUUGACCGCGGCGCCCGCCAACGCGCUUGUCAAGGGCGGCGGCCGGGGGUUGCACCUGGACAUGCUCGGCGUCGGGUGCGUCAUCGCGGCCGCGUCGGUUUGGAGCUGUCCCAUGCCCAUGGGGACCAUCCCGCACUCCCCUCAGCACGCGCGCGUCCUCGCCACUGUGGUGGAAUACGAGCAGCGAGGCGAGGUCAAGUCCAAGGUGGUUUCCGCCAUCGAGACCCGCGUCAGCAACUUCGUCUCGCACGCGCUCAUCGUCCUCACCGUCCUGCUCGCUCGCGACGUAAUCUCCGCGGUACCCACUGCUGUGAUGUCGGGUUUCUUGUGCUACACCGGUUGGACCUCGCUCGAGUCCAACGGGAUGUUCAAGCGGGCUUUGUUGGCCGUGACGUCGAGGGAAUGCCACCCUACUUCCUCAUACAUUCGCAGGGCGCCAAUCAAGACGCUUCACCUGUACACCGCGCUGCAGGCGCUCGCGCUCCUCGCGGUGUUCGCGGUCGAGACUGACUUUUUCGGCGCAUCCGAACCGUCCUCCGACGGCUUCCCCGCCAGUCUGCUGUUCCCCGUGGCGCUCGCGGCGACGAUUCUGGUCAAGGCGUACCUCUUGCCGUUUGUGCCGGCGUUUUCUUUCGCUUUUCUCUCAGCGGUGAAUGGUCGCGACGACUCCGAGUUCUUCUACUGA